AUGAUGAUGUGUGAUAGAGGAGUCCAGAUGUUAAUUACUACAGUGGGAGCUUUCGCUGCGUUCAGCCUGAUGACUAUCGCGGUGGGAACGGACUACUGGUUAUACUCCCGAGGAGUGUGCCGGGUCAAAACUGCCAGCGAUAAUGAGACCAGCAGGAAGAACGAGGAGGUGAUGACCCACUCGGGGCUUUGGAGAACCUGCUGUCUGGAAGGGACAUUUCGAGGUGUCUGUAAGAAGAUUGAUCACUUUCCAGAAGACGCCGAUUAUGAACAGGAUGCUGCAGAGUACCUUCUGCGUGCCGUGCGGGCAUCCAGUAUCUUCCCCAUCAUGAGUGUGGGACUUCUCUUCAUGGGUGGGCUUUGUGUGGCCGCCAGCGAGUUCUACAGGAGUCGUCACAAUGUCAUUCUCAGCGCUGGAAUCUUCUUUGUCUCUGCUGGCCUCAGUAACAUCAUUGGGAUCAUCGUGUAUAUAUCGGCUAAUUCGGGUGACCCUGGCCAGAGUGACUCUAAGAAGAGCUAUUCUUACGGCUGGAGCUUCUACUUCGGCGCCUUGUCGUUCAUCAUGGCCGAGAUGGUCGGCGUGUUGGCCGUGCACAUGUUCAUCGAGAAGCACCGUAAGCAGCGCGCCAAGUCCCGCACCGAGCUGAUCAAGAAGUCGGCCUUCAGCCGCAUCCCCAGCUACCGUUACCGCUUCCGCCGACGCUCCAGCUGCCGCUCCAGCGAGCCGGCCUCCCGCGACGCGUCGCCAAUGGGCAAAGCCGGCUACACCGGCCCCGCGGCCGCCGACAUCUCUAUGUACACGCUGUCCCGGGACCCCAGCAAGGCGGCCAUGGGAGCGCUCCUCAACUCAGAGAGAGAGUUCCUACAGGCCCACAACUCCAACACUAAGGACUUCAAAGACGCUGCCAACAGGAGGACCACGCCGGUGUGA